AUGGCACUCCCUAAGCUUCCCACCCGCAAGCUCGGCAAAAAUGGCCCACAGGUCACUGCCCUGGGCUACGGCACCAUGGGCCUGAGCGCCUUUUACGGCACUCCCAAGCCGGACGAGGAACGAUACGCAGUGCUCGAUCAUGUAUACAAGUCGGGCGAUCUCUUCUGGGACACUGCCGACAUUUACGGGGAUAGCGAGGAUUUACUAGGCCGCUGGUUCAAGAGAAAUCCUGGCGCUAGAGAGAACAUCUUCCUGGCUACCAAGUUCGCGAACUAUGUCGAUCCUAAAACCGGAGAGCGACAAAUUCACAAUGAACCGGACUACAUCCGGAAGGCUGUCGACAAAUCCCUGAAGAGGUUGGGCAUCGACCAGAUCGAUUUGUACUAUUGCCAUCGAAUCCAAGCCGACCAACCCAUCGAGGUCACAGUGAAAGUCAUGAAGGAGUUGCAGGACGCAGGCAAAAUCAAGUACCUGGGUCUUAGCGAGUGUAGUGCCGACACUCUCCGCAGGGCAUGCAAGGUGGCACAUAUCGAUGCUGUGCAGAUGGAAUACAGCCCCUUCUCGUUGGAGAUUGAGGAAUUUGGUCUUCUCGAGGCCUGUCGAGAGCUUGGGGUUGCAACAGUCGCCUAUUCCCCCUUGGGCAGAGGCUUCUUGACCGGGAGCGUCCAGAGUCCAGCGGAUUUUGAAGAAGGCGAUUUCCGCAAGUUUAUGCCCCGGUUCAGCCCAGAAAACUUCCCCAAGAAUCUGAAAUUGGUCGAGGAUUUGAAGACCUUGGCUCAUGAGAAAGGCUGCACAGCAGGUCAACUCGUGCUUGCAUUUUUGAUCGCUCAGGGUGAUGAUAUCAUCCCCAUUCCGGGGACGACAAAAAUCAAGAACUUUGAUGAAAACUUGGACGCUCUCAAGGUCAAGAUCACGAAAGAGGACCUCGAAAAGAUCCGCAAGGCCAUCAAGGCAACCCAAGUGAUUGGAUCGCGCUACCCUCCAAAUGGAACCAAAGGUCUUCUCGUGGAUACUGUCCCCUUGGAGGAGUGGUCCAAAACUCAUCCGGGGGAGUAG